UUUAUGUGGAAAUGGCAAAAAGAAUUUGUUCGUCGACAAGACAUGAUUGGUGAAUUUUAUGGCAGAUAUAUUGAUGAUAUCUUUAUGACAUGGAAUAAAUCUGAAACCGAACUAAAAAAAUUAUUAGAACAAGCAAAUACCUGGCAUCCAAAUAUCAAAUUAGCAUAUAAAAUUAGUCAAAGUCUUCCAUUUCUAGAUACACUUCUGAUGAAUAAUAAUGGUAUACUAUCCACAGCCGUGUACCAUAAACCAGCAGCAGAACCUUAUGUUGUACCAUUUCUAUCCGAUCAUUCUCGACAUACAUUUGUCAACGUUAUACAAAUGACACUUACACGGGCAAAUAUUGAGCCAUCUGAUGAUUCUCUUAGCCGAGAUGAAAUCUAG